UUGAUCUCUUUCUUUAAUUUGCUCACUUGGUACGUUUCCAUUUUCUCCCAAGAGUAAGUGCUCAUGGGUGCUCUAUCAGACUUCUGUAGAAAUCAUAUCAUCCCCCUUGACUUUACUUCAGUCCAGACCGUGCCCGAGUCCCAUGUAUGGUCAGAAUCCGACGAUGAAUACCAGUGUUCUUCCGGCAUCCACUCAAAUACAAUUGACCCAUGUUUAUCCUUACCCGUCAUCGAUCUCUGGGAUCCGAAUGCCCCAGAGCUCAUUAUUGAAGCAUGUGAGAAAUGGGGUGUCUUUCAGUUGACAGGUCAUGCCAUUCCGGCGCAGCUUAUGGAAGAAGUGGAGGAUCAGACUCAAAGGUUAUUUUCUCUCCAAGUUGACCAGAAAUUGAAGGUCCUAAGAUCUCCGGUUGGCGGCACCGGUUACGGCCGGGCUAUGAUCUCGCAUUUCUUUCCAAAGCACAUGUGGCACGAGGGAUUUACUAUCAGGGGCUCUGCAACAAAUCAUGCGAAGCAACUUUGGCCCCAUGAAUAUGAAGAGUUUUGUAAGAUUAUGGAUGACUAUCAGAAGCAAAUGAAGGCACUAAUCGAGCAACUAAUCCACAUUAUCUUGAAAUCCUUGAACAUUAAUUCCGAACAAUUGAAUUGGCUUAAGAGUCAGUACUCUGAUCACGAUACGAGUACUACUCCUGGCACUGCUUUGCAGCUAAAUUCUUACCCUCCCUGCCCAAACCCUAACCGAGUCAUGGGUCUAGCACAGCAUAGAGACACUUCCCUCAUAACCAUACUCCAAGCACAGACCAGCGGCCUCCAAAUCUUCCGAGACGAUGUGGGAUGGAUUCCAGUGCAACCUGUACGCGGCGCACUGACUGUUAAUAUUGGUGACUUCCUUCACAUUCUAUCCAACGGCCGAUUUGUAAAUGUUCUUCAUCGUGUCCUGGUGAACCCGGUCCAGCGCUUCUCGAUGGCCUACUUCUAUGCUCCGCCUUCGGAUUUUGUAGUCUCGCCUCUUCUUUCUAAGACUUUGAGUGAUUCCGGACAAGCCAUUGCUCGGUAUCGCUCUGUUACUGCCAAGGAGUUUAUUGAUAUGAAGGCCAAGCAUCUCGACCGAGCCCUUUCCUUGCUUAUAAUUUAAAAUGUGCAAUUAUGCAGAUUAAUUAUAUAAGUAGCUGGGUCAAAUUCUAAUGGUGUCUUUUAAUUUGCGUGAAUCAUGAAAAGUACAUGUACGCAACUAAUCUUGCUUUCAUAUUCGAAAGCGACAAAGAUUACGAGCUUUAUAUAAGUAUCAUAAUUUUAUUUCAUUCCUAUUUAUAAAGAUCGAA